UUCUCAGAUCUAGAUCCGUAUUCGUAUUGCUCAUUCGAUUCCAGAUUCUGUUCUUAUUUUCGAUGGAGUCGUUAACAUUGAAGAAUGGGAAACCAGGUACUCCGGUGAAGGAUCGGAGCAAGUUUCAAUCCAAGGUUCAAGAUACUUCCAGAUCGUCGGAGAAUUCACACCCCAACAUUUCGAGUCCGGCUAAGAAAUCUGCGAAGAAAUCGGCGCAGAAGAAUCAGAGCCCGAAUCCUAAACCGAGCCAGGCGGUUUUCUCUCCCCGGAGUCGGAUCAGAGAGAGGAAGUUUGUUGUGGUGACGAAGAAGAAGUCGAGGAAUGGGAAGAAGGAUCCAGCGGUUGCAGAAUCGGUUGACUGUAAAUGCGGAGAGCGGAGGAAGGGGAACAUGAAAUGUGUCUGUGUUGCGUAUGAAACGCUUCGUGCUUCGCAAGAGGAGUUUUUCAAAAAACGAAAUGAAUCGGAGGAGGAAAUGGGAGGUUUGGAUGAAUGCUGUAAUCUCGGAGAUGGAGAUGAGCUACAAGGAGAAGAAUCCGGGGAGCCGGAGAAAAUUGGCGUUUCGACAAUGAAGAGGUCAAGGGCUAAGGUGGUGGAAGAGGCACGGCAAAGUGUGCCUGUAUCUGGUAAAGUGAUGAAUCUUGUUGAAGCAUUUGAAAAGCUCACUUGCUUUAGUAAUUCAAAGACUGCCAACAAGGAUGAAGAGAAUCAAACCGAAGAAGAUAUGAAGAAGCCGGCGACAUGUGAAAUGAAACAGCAACCUAACUUCUUGGAGGGUGAGAAAGGGCAAAACCCGUGGAGUUCUUCGUUUUGUCCAUCUGAAUUGGUUUUAACAGCUAAGAAUCUCGGGUUAGACCCAAAUGCCUCCGUUUCUUCGUCCUGGGAUAGCACCCGCGGCAGUGCUUUGAGUGGGAGUUCAAAUGCUGGCCGGAGAAGCAGAAGAAAUAGCUUGGACUCAUCUACUACAAUGGGAAGUAGAAGAUCAAAGAAGAAGCAGGUCAAGGUCACUUCCUUGAAGCCGUUUAAGCUUAGAACUGAGCAAAGAGGUAAAAUGAAAGAGGAAGAGUUUGCAAAAAAGCUUCAAGAAAUGACGAUGGAGGAAGAAAAGAUGAGAAUCCCCAUUGCUCAAGGUCUUCCAUGGACAACUGAUGAACCUGAGUGUCUUGUUAAGCCUCAUUGGAAAGACAUCACAAGACCAGUUGACUUGACGCUCCACUCAGAUGUCCGGGCAGUUGAACGAGCAGAAUUUGAUUACCAGGUCGCGGAGAAGAUGAGCUUCAUUGAGCAAUACAAAGUGGAAAGAGAAAGACAACAAAAGUUGGCGGAGGAAGAAGAGAUAAAAAGGCUGAGGAAAGAAUUGGUCCCUAAAGCACAACCAAUGCCAUACUUUGAUCGACCAUUCAUUCCAAGAAGGUCGAGCAAACAUCCAACUGCACCGCGAGAUCCCAAGUUUCACAUACCACAACACAAGAAGAUCAGAUGCUGCAGUUCAUCUUCUUGGAGUGAAACUGGCUCCUGCAUGAGCGAUUUCCAAUAUCAGUUUCUCUGAAAAGCGUCUUUUGGAUUCAAUAACUAUUAUCCCUGUCCAUAUUCUCAUUUUAAAAACUACAUUACCUUCUGUAAGAGAUUCAAUGAAGCAACCAAUUAGUUGCAGUUUCACAGAUUUGACAAUCAUUCUUGUUCCACCUUUGUAAUAAUCUGGUCUACACCCAAAAAAAAUGAGAAAGUUUUCAUAUUC